ACUGUCAUUCACAGCACUAUAUUCGUAUGGACGGUGUACAUUUACAUGAGGCCAUAUAUCAACCUGAAACACUUAUCUUGACCAUCCUACUCCACUCAUUCUCAGUCCACGUGCCGCGGAUUCAGUGUCACUCACACUGCAUAGUGAAUUCAGUAUUAGAAAAAAAUUUUCUCUCCCUGAAUACUUUUAAAAUGCAUACUGCACAUUGUUUUAAAAUUUGUGUUUUUGUAUUUACAUUCUUAAUUACUCCACGACACGUUGAAAAUGCCAAGAUUUUAUUCCUGAUUCCAAUGUCGACAAGGAGUGAGAAACAUUUUUUCGAGCCACUUAUUCUAAAAUUGGCCUCGAACGGGCACAAUAUGACGGUCGUGACGAACAGUCCAGACGUCCUGCAUCAUGAAAAUGUGAAAGAAAUCGUGCCCAUCUCGGUCGAAGAAAUCUACGGCAAUGUUGGUGACAUUGGAAAUGUGCAAGAUCUAGGUUGGGACCUUAUAUUUCUGGACAUGAAGGCGUACAUGGGACCUGUGGAUAAAAUCUAUACGCAUCCUGACUUUCAGCCCGUGUUGAAUGAGAAGUACGACCUCAUAAUGACCAACAUGUUCUUUGGUCAAGCCUUUUUCGGCCUGAUAUACAAAAACCAGGCUCCCUUCAUCCUCCUCCACACCAUGGCCUUGAGCAACUACUUUCUGAAGGACUGGGGGGUGUACUUCCCUUCUUCGCACAUCCCCGUCCCACUCCUCGACUUCACUGACCGGAUGGGCUUCUCCCAACGCCUCGCCAACUUCGUGGUGGACUGGGCAGUUUACUUUCACGUCGAGAUGACCCACAUCCCACUGUACGAGAAGGCGUAUAGAAAACACCUCGGCCAAGAUAUACCAUCCGUCAAGGAAAUUCAGAAGAAUGCAAGUUUGAUGAUGAUAAACACCCAUUAUCUGACGACCUAUCACAGACCUUUGAUGCCAGACGUGAUAGAAAUUGGUUGCUUGCACUGCAAAAACCCAAAACCUCUUCCGCAGGACUUGGAACAAUUGUUAGGAACUGCUGCUGCUCCACAUGGUUUUAUUUUUAUAAGUUUUGGAACCGUUUUGAAAGGUUCUACCUUACCAGAAUCGAUUAGAAAUAAGUUUCUCCACGUGUUUUCUCGUCUGAAGCAAAAAGUUUUAUGGAAAUGGGAGUCUGAAGACAUGGCCAACUUGCCUUCAAAUGUUAUCCUCAGGAAAUGGCUACCUCAGCAGGAUAUUUUAGGGCACAGCAAUCUACGUCUCUUCAUCUCACAUGGGGGGCUCCUAAGUACCCAGCAAACGAUCUACCACGGUGUUCCAGUGAUUAUGUUUCCCUUAUUUUUCGACCAAAUGGCAAACGCAAGAGGGGCUGAACAGCAAGGUGUGGGAUUGAACAUGAAUAUUUGGAAUUUCACUGAAACUGAGCUAGAACACGGAAUCAAUAAAAUUCUUCAUGAAACCAAGUUUAAGACCAAGGCUCAAUUGCUGUCUAAGGUGUCGAAAGAUCAGAUGAAUUCGCCAUUGGAAAGGGCUGUAUAUUGGACAGAACAUGUUCUGAAAUACAAUGGUGCACCUCAUCUGCGCUCUGCUGCACGAGAACUCAAUUUCAUCCAAUUCCACUCUAUUGAUGUCAUUGGAUUUCUAGCUGGGUUUCUGAUAAUUGCUGCUUUAAUUGUAGUUUCAGCAGUAAAAGUGGUAAUAAAAUAUUUCACAGUGGCCAAGGACCAUAAGGAUCAUGCUAAGCAAAAGAAGCAUUAAAACAAGUAUAUUAACUUCGAGUAAUAAAUUCUACCAUGUAUUCUUA